AUGACUCAGUCCCCGCCACGGUCCCCAGACUUGGUGAUACCGAAGAAGCCAGAGGACAGGAAGCCGACAGAGAGGAAGUCGACAUGGAAGACGGCGGAGGAGAGGCGCCUUUCAGACCUCACCCGGGUGUUGGAGUGGCUGGAGCGGAGGCAGGGCAAGAAGAAGCUAACUAUCCAGAAGCCCAAAUUUAAGGAUGUGAUGCUCUCUAAAGUCAAAGGGAAGGAAGACACGAAAGCCAAAGGCUUAAAGCAUCAGGGCCCGAACCGCAAGAUGUCAUUCCCCAAACAGGCUUUAGGGAAAAUGACCAAGAAGGAGGGGGACGCCGUCAUGUACCGGAAGCUCUAUGGGAUGGAAAUGAAGGGGAAACGCCUCAGCAUGGUCCCCGGGAGCUACAACAAGGAGUUUCCCAGGAAGUCAGAGGUGGACGUCAAGGAUGCCAACCCCCUGGAGUUUGCCCAGCGCUCCAUGCGCCGACAGAGCGUCGUGGAACCCAUGUUGCAGGAUGCCAUCUUUGGCUCCCGGAAGUCAACUCUCCUGAGGGACUGGACAGGCAAGACCGCCGAAGCCUCUUAUGAGCGCAAGCUGAAGAGCCUCAUGGACAAGAAUGUAGAGCCCAAGAUAGAGGCGGUGAAAAUGCUGAAGCCAGAGGAGGUGCUGAGCUGCCGGUACCUGAGGCUGUCCAAGAACAACAUCCGGACCCUGCUGAAGCUGUGCAAGGAGGCGGGCAUGAACGUGGACAUCCACCCCCACAUGGUGGAGGCCGAGAUCGACGCCAAGAAGGUGUUUGGCCAGAGCCCCAACGAGGACCCCUAG